GACGCCAUUUACAGCCCAAAUCCCGACCUCCUCUCCGGAAAGAGCAAAAAAAAAAAAAAAACAUUCACACACGAGAAAAAAAAAGAAAAAAAAAAGUACUCGCAAACCCCUCAGCGACUUGCGGAUAAAACACACCGAAUUGUGUCUCUCCUUUCUGUCUUCUCCUCCUCCCUCUUGCUCUUCUUGUGCAGGAAAAGCGGAGUGAAGCGAAGUUUACUCUCCGGCGGUGACUGUUUGAAGUGUUCGCCUGUUUUUUUUUUGUUUUUUUUACUGCCUCGUGCUCUUGCGCUAAAAAACAUGGGAUUUACGUCUUAGCCUUUCAAUGAAAACGCGCCCCGGUUGGAAACUGUCUCGGUGGAUUUUACCGACAGCUCUCCGUCGCGUGUGGAAUAAACUCUCCCGAAAAUUGGAUUUAUUUCACCUAAACGGGGGCUAAAGUGUCGAAAGCACGGACUUCAGAUGUGUCCCGUGCCAGCCAGAGUGACCCUUCAGGCCCGAGAUGGAUUCCACAAGUCAGAACGACAGCGACGGGGGAGGAGGACGCCACGAGCGGUUGCCGCAACCGGCAGGCUUGUCGCAUGACGAAGGGAGACCGCAACUACGGCCUACGCUGAUCUUAGAUGGUCCACCAGAUCCUGGGUCGACCAACCGGCAGCUGGCCCAUACUCCAGCAGUGCUAUCUCUGGACCAGAUCAGGAUAAGUGGGAGCAGUAAUGAGUACACGGAAGGGCCCACAGUUGCCCAACGGUCUCCAGCAGCUCCGCUUAGGCAACAGAAGAGUGACUUGGUUUCGUCACCGGGUUUAAGGACCGGUGGGCAGCCCGCAACUCCAGAAGAGGGCCCUAAUAACCUCCAUAACCUGAAUUCAUUGACUCAAUAUGGGAACACAAAUACUUCCAGCUCCGAGGACUCCCAGAGCAGCAUCAGAACCAACGUGGCGAGCACUUCCUCGGGCCAGAGGCUCCUUGGCAGCCCGGCCAGCAGCAACCAGAUAAUCAGAACCCAGCCGAAACGGGCGGAGCUAAGUUUGAAAGAGCUGAAGCCUCUGAACCAUGAGUUCAGGGCCGUGUUGGCCGUGCCCGGCAGCGGAAGCCAUAAAACCCCAGGCGGACACACCAACAAGUGCGAAGGCUGCGGCCGAUGCUGCUGCCCGGAGUGCAGCCGCCCGCGGGUGCUCCCUUCCUGCUGGACGUGCGGCCGGCGGUGCGUGUGCUCGGUGCAGAAUGCGGUGGAGUACGGCACGUGCGUCUGCUGCGUCAAGGGGCUCUUCUACCACUGCUCCAGCGACGACGAGGACACGUGCGCCGACAAGCCCUUCUCGUGCACGCAGUCGCACUGCUGCGUCCGCUGGGCCACCGUGUCGCUCUUCUCCCUGUUCUUCCCCUGUCUCCUGUGCUACCUCCCGGCUAAAGGGUGCGUCGCCACAUGCCAGAGCUGCUAUGACCGAGUCGCGCGACCAGGCUGUCGGUGCAAGAACACAAGGCCGGUCCACUGUGAGGAUGCCGAAGUAGACGAGGUGGUGGACGUUGAGGCGCUGGGGGAUGGGAAGACUUCCCGGUGACUGAACUUAUAGACGGCCCCUGUAGUUGUAGUAGGGUUUGAUUAGAGCGCUUUUUGUGUUUUCCGUGUCGUCGUGCCCUUCCAGAUCCGGGCAGAGACACGGUCACCGUUUGCCUUCAGUUGUCAACUUUCAAGGCUGGCUGACCACAAAAGGAGGUGCAGUCACUCAUCCUAGCAUCACGAGUUUCAGUUGGAAGGUAAACCAAAAUAAGCGCUUCACGUGAUACAAGGUAUGAAGACACAUUCAAUACUGGUUUGUCCUGACAAAUUAUUUUAUUCUUCACUCAAGUGCCCAGAUAUCGUUCUGUAGCUUUGAGAGUCCAAAUGGAUAGCCUUUUUUUUUAACCUUUAAUACAACUUAUAUGCUAAGAACCGACUCCUAUUACUAACUGUAUGUAAAGUAGUAAAUGCAAAGGGUAUGUACAUUAGAAAAUGAGUUUGACAGAUGUUUUAUUUUUGUAAAUAUAAUAAUACUUCAACUGUGAAAAGUUUUUCUGCCAUACCAGAGGCACCUUGAUGAAUCCACAUUCAUAUGAAUCAGUCGACUUCAUUCAUACAAUGUUUUUGUACAUUCACUCUAAUGUAUAUCAAUCAUUUCAUGUCAUUUACAAAGGAAAAAUCUUAUCCCUUCUGCUUGUAAAUUGUACAGUGACCAUAUAUGAAAAAUUUAUUUUCUAAUUCCAACAUUGCUUAGUGUAAAGUUAAAAAAAAUAUAUAUUUAUUUGAAGGUUUAUUAUUUUAUAAUGAAAAAUAUUUAUUUUGAGAAAGCAUUGUUCAUGUGUCACCUCCUACAGGGGCUACUCUGUAGGAGACCUGUAGGAGUGUCAAAGCUGGAUGAAUAGUUCACUAUGAAUUAGAAAACAACUAUAUUAACGUUUGAAAUUAAACAACCUUGAAGUCUGACGG